CCUUUUUAGUCACAGUUCCCUCCCCUCCUGUCCUCUGCUCAAGGGCAGAUAGAGAUAAGAGAUACAAGCAGCAGUGAGGUGUCUAUCACCUGGUUCACUCUGCCAUCAUGCCUUCCAUCAUCAGCAUCCUGCUGCCUUCACUGCUCCUCCUGCAGGGAUGUGAGAGCAUGACCCUGUAUGAGUACUACGCUCCUGGAGGAGUGGUGGAGGCACCGCUGGUGGCUGAAGGUAACGUCUUCACCCUCAACAACAAGGAGAUCGUCAUCCUCUCAGGUUCCUUCCACUACUUCCGUGUUCACCCAGCCUACUGGAGGGACACUCUACGUAAACUGAGAGCAGCAGGUCUCAACGCUGUCCAGACGUUUUCUCUGAGAAAUUUAGGAGAAAACUUUCAUACCGUUGACACUGGACGAGAUGGGGAGGAUGGAGAGGACUCAGAAUGUGGCAGGCCCUUCCGUUUCUGGACUGCAUCACUCGGGCACGAGUUUAGAACCCAGUUAUUUCAGGAAACUUGUGGUGUUCCUAAUGAAACUGAAUAUUAUAAGAAUGCAGCUGUUGUAGUUGUUGGCGGCCCACUGACCCACGUGGUCAUCACAACCAGCCAAAAUGAUUUGGCUCUAGGUAGAGUCAAUGUUUCUGAUAUCCACGGCUGGCAGGCUGAAUGGUCGAGCACCACGGAUGUUGACACAAUGUUUUCUUAUUACGCCCGUGGCACAGCAAGGAAACAUAUCUCUCAUUACUCUCACUCCAGGGGAAGACCCCUUUGUUUUCCUCAGACCUUUGGGCCAUAUAUCUGCUCUGAGUGGGACUUUGGUGGCAUGCCCAGUUACCUGCUGCGUGACUACACCAUGCAGGUCAGAACCUACUACGAGGGCUUCAGGACGCCAGCUGCCGCCUUCUUCGACCACCUUCUGCCACAGCUGGUUGACCUGCAAUUCGCUCACGGAGGUUCCAUUAUUGCAGUUCAGGUGGAGAACGAGUAUGGACACUUCGGGUACGGGGACGAGCCUCGGGACACACUCUACCUGGAGUAUCUCAGAGACAACCUUGUGGAUAAUGGCUUCGGUGAUUCACUUUUCUUCACCUCUGACUCACCAUCAAGCACUAGAGAUCUCGGCGCCAUCCCAGGAGUGCUGAUGACAGCUAACUUCCAAGGCAACGUGGAGGAGAACCUGUCCGUGUUGAAGGAGCUUCAGCCAGACAGACCUUUCAUGGUGGCGGAGUUCUGGACGGGAUGGUUUGAUCACUGGCUCGCCGACAUCCAUGCCACUUGGAACCCAACCAACUUCGCAGACACACUGGAGGAAAUCUUGCAGUACAACUCCUCGGUCAACAUGUACAUGUUCAUCGGUGGGACGAGCUUUGGCUUCAUGGCUGGUGCUAACACUCUCGACAUCUGGCCAAACUACGGUCCUGACGUCUCCUCUUAUGACUACGAUGCAGUGUUGACGGAGGCCGGAGAUUAUACUGAGAAGUACACACUUGCCAAGGAGGUGCUCGCCAGGUACAACCCUCUGGAGGGAACUGGCACAUCAGACAGGCACAUCAGACAGGCACAUCAGACGGGCAAUCAACGGGACAUCGACAAAACAUCAGACGGGCACAUCGACAGGCACUCAACGGGAAACCCCAACAGGACAUCAGACACAUCAGACACCCCACACAGACAGGCACAUAGACAGCACAUCAGAAAAACACAUCAGACACUUCAGACGGGCACAUCAACGACACACAGACAGGCAACCAGACAGGAAAACGACAGACACAUCACGGGCCAUCAACAGAGAAUCAGGCACAUAGACAGGCAAAACAGAAGACGCAUAAACAGACACAUCAGACGGGCACAUCAGACAAUCGGGCAACACAUCAGACAGACACACGACAGGCACAUCAACAGACACAUCGACGACAGAUCAUACAGUCACAUCAACGGCACCUCUGACAGGCACAUCAAAAGAACAAACAGCAGACACAUCAACAACAAUAGACAGACACAAAAACGGGCAAACAGCAGGCACAGCAGAAGGAAAAUCAGACAGGCACAUCUGACGACCAUCAGGCAGACACAUGGACAGGCACAUCAGAUAUAUCAGCAAAACACAUCAAAGACACAUGGGACAGACACAUCAACGACCCACAAAGACACAUCAACAGCACAUCAGACGGCACUCAGACAAGCCAUCGGGCGACCAUCAGAAUACACAACAGACAGACACUCAGACAGACACUCAGCAGGCCAUAAACGGGCACAUCAGACAGACCUCACACAGACACAUAAGACAGACACUUCAGACAGACCUCAAAGGCACAUCAGACAACACCAACAGGCAAAUCAGACAGCCAUCAGACAGACACAUCAGACGACACAUCGACACACAGACAGACACAUCAACAGACACAUCGACAGACCAUCAAAAGAAACAUCAGACAGGCACAUCAGACAGGCACAUAAAAAAAGGACAUCAGACAGACACAUCAACAGGCAAUCAGACAGGCCAUCAGACAGACACACGACAGGCAUAUCAGACGACACAAAAGACAGGCACAAAAUAGACACAUCGAAAAAACCAUCAGACAGGCACAUCAGACAGGCGCAUCAGACACCACACAACAGACACAUGAGAACAGGCGCAUCAGAAGACACUCAGAAGCACCUCAGCAUCGAGACGGAGGAUGGUCCUGUCAGCAUGGAAUUACUGCCUAUUAAUGAUGACAGUGGUCAAGCACAUGGUUACAUCGUCUACAGCACCAUUGUUUACCUGGCUGCCCCUAAUGCCACGCUCAUGAUAAAAGGCCAUGUCAGGUUAGUAAAGGUUCCUCUGGUCAGGUCAAGUCAGGUCAGGAUCACACCUACAUCCUUUAACCAUGCUAGAGAUACGAGGCUAUAUGAUAAGGAGCUGACCUUGCCUGGCGAUGACGCUGUAGCAGAGGUGACCAUCCUGGUGGAGAACUUGGCAAGGGUCAACUACGGCACGCCCGACAAAUAUAAUCAGAAGAAGGGGCUUUGGGAAGGACCUGUGCUUAUAGAUGACCUUCAGAUCAAUAGUUGGAUUAUGUAUCCGCUGGAGUUCAAGGCAGACAUGGUCAAUAGUCUGACGGGAUGGAUGGAGUUCAGUGGUUCCUUGGCGACACCUGCAGUGUACCGCGCCACUCUGGACAUCUCUGAUACACCUCAAGACACUUGGCUGGACAUGAGAGCCUGGAACAAGGGUGUUGUCUUCAUCAAUGGUUUUAACCUGGGUCGCUACUGGCAUGUUGGUCCCACCAAGACCUUGUACUUGCCGGCGCCGUUGCUCCAGCAAGGAACCAAUGAGGUGGUGGUUUUCGAGCAGUACACGGCAGCAUCUGAGAUCUUCAGCGAUGUUCCCAUCCUCUCCUAAACCUGCAAUAUUAUCUGCUAAUAAAUUCAUGGAAUAUCA